AGCUCUCACAUGCUGGGCUCGUGAGAUGCAUCAGUCGCAUUUGAGGGUUGGCGACAUUUGAGCGGCAAGUAAGUGAAAAGUACCUGAUAGCAACAUCUGACAAGGACACAAGCACGCAGCAGAGAGUAAGUAAAUCGACAGACUGAUAGUUCAAAUGGCCUCGUGUUGGUGCGACAAACAGGGAAAUGCGAUCGGAUGCGGGACGAUCGCCAUCAAGACUGGCCGAUCCGCUUUGGUUGCAUUGGACAAGACAAAUGUGACGGACAGCUGGAGGGUUAGAACUUCUUUUUUAAUUUUUGUAUUUUUUUAUUUUUGCAUCAGCCUGCAGUCAAACAUCGGGUUUGUUGCUGGGCAUGGAUUUGAUUCACCUGGGAUCCCCCACCCUGUGGUGAUGAUGGGGUUGAAGGGAAAAGAAGUACUGCAAUUCGGGGGAAGUUGAAGUGGGCUCGGGAUUGUUACUUCAUUCUUCCUGACUUCAACCUUCCUUCCUCAACUGCUUCCGGACUUCUUCCUCUCCGCCGGAGCUUCUUCCUACUUUCACUUCUGCCUCUCAUUGUCUUCU